AUGGACGAAUAUACGGCGGAAGCCUUUGCCAACCGCGAUGAACCGAUUCCGGUCAUCGCUCACUCCACGACCAAUGUCAAUGGCUCAGCCUCAGAGGCAGAUGGUGAAGGCAGAAGACAAAAGCUCAAAAGCCCCUUAUCACCAUCCCGUCAAAAGACCAGACCCAUUCAGAUCAGCAUUGCUGAGCAAGAGAAGGAUGAGACCCCAGCGACGCCCAGUCUCAGGACAUCUAUCCAGGACCGGCUGUUUUCGAGUUUACUCCGACAAGUUGGUCCCACGGACGAUCCAGAAGAAGGCUCAUCUGCCACCCCAGUCGAUCCUCAAUCGAAUUUAUACGUCUCCCGUCCGGCAUUCAGUCUGCCAGUCAUGACCAAUAACUUCAGACGCUUCAAUGCGCGGAUUGGCAUCGUCUUCGUGUUCCAGAACCGGCUCAUCCGCCUGUUCACCUGGCGAACACCGACGCACACUCUAUCCUUUCUCGCAACGUACACGUUCGUAUGUCUAGAUCCCCACCUUCUCAUUGUCGUUCCCAUGGCCAUCGCCUUGUUUUACAUCAUGAUCCCGGCCUUCACAUCUCGCCAUCCUCCACCACCGCCCGUGACCAACGCAAGCAUGGCGAGAGAGUACCACCAGGCUUUCACGGGCCCUGCACUUGCCCCAGCCACGGUGAUUAAACCUGCCAGCGAAACAUCGAAGGACUUCUUCCGCAACAUGCGCGACCUGCAGAACAGCAUGGCCGAUUUCAGCAACGCCCACGAUGCAUUGGUCAACACCAUCGGGCCUGCAACAAAUUUCUCCGACGAGACGUUUUCAUCCCAGCUCUUCUUGUACCUCACCAUUCUGACGACCUUGUCAUUCAUCACCGCUCAUCUCCUUUCUUGGCGGCUCAUCUUCCUUCUCACGGGCUGGGGCUUCACAGUCUCCUCCCAUCCCACAGCACAGACCUAUCUCUUGAAGCUCCGGACACAGGCCGAACAGCAAACAAACCUUGCCCUGAACGACGUAAACCACAAGCAUCAGAAAUAUAUCCCCAACACCGGCAUCCCUCUGCCGGCCACACCGCAUGCCAUUCAAUCCUCAUUCGCCAAGUUUUCGGAAAUUACACUCUCCUCGACGCCCGAGACCCGGGAAGUCGAAAUCUUCGAGCUACAACACCGGCCCCUUUCAUCCAUUACAUCCGCCAAGAAGCCGGCGGCAGAGUGGCAACCCCACCUAUUCACGUCUCAGCCCUACGACCCUUUGUCUCCGGCCCGCAUAGCAGGCGACAGACCACGUGGAACACGCUUCUUCGAGGAUGUCGAGCCACCGGAGGGGUGGGAGUGGGCGAGCAAGAAGUGGGAGCUGGAUCUGGAAGCCGGGGAGUGGGUGAAUGAGCGGUUGGUCGUCGGGGUGGAAUACGAUGUGUUGAACCAUGACGCAGAUGAUGACGAGGAAGAGCCAACGAGUGCACAAACGGUCACCGGCCUGACCGAUGACGAGAAGGACCGUGAGGGGACGCGCCUACGACGGAUCAGCACCAACCGAAGAGAGAGCAUCAAUGUCGACUUUGGCGGGUGGGUGUGGGAUCUACCGCCAGCGCCGGGGUCAGGAGCAAACAGAGAAGACGAUCUCUGGCUUGCUUAUGGCGAUUACGAGGUGCCAAAGAUCGGCGUGAGAAGCACGAGCAAGGAGGAAGAGAAGGCGAGGAAGAAGCGAGAGAAGGAGAAGGAGAAGCGCGGCAAGAAGGAGAAGACUGGGGUACAAGAUAGAGAUUGGGAGGAGGCAGCCAGGAUGGAGAAUCGUGGGAGGACUGGCGAAUGGAGGAGACGACGGUGGGUGAGACUGGUCAAGCGGAAGGUCACAACUUGA